AUGCUGGACGACAGACGAAAGAUUGGCGUGGGCCUGACGGGCCUGGGCUUCCUGUUCCUCCUCCUAGGCGUGCUGUUCUUCUUCGACAGAGGCCUUCUAGCAAUGGGGAACGUGCUGUUCCUCACAGGCGUGGCCCUGACGAUAGGGCCGCAGGCUGCGCUGCGCUUCUUUGUGCGGCCCAAGAACUACAAGGGCAGCGCUUUCUUCCUGGGGGGCGUGGUGCUGGUGGUGGUGGGCUGGACCUUGAUAGGGUUUGCGCUGGAGAUGUGGGGCUUCUGGCUGCUCUUCAGCGCUUUCUUCCCCACCGUGCUUUCCUUCCUGCGGCGCAUGCCUUUCUUGAAGCGCGUUCUGGACUUGCCGGCAUUCAAGGCGGUCAUCAACAAGGUGGCGCCAGCUGGCGGCGGCCUUCCCGUCUGA